AUGAAUAACACAACUGUAGCGGGACUUAUCUCCCUCCUGAUAAUAUGCGGCUUGUUGGCUUUCCAAUUCGUCGAGUUCGAAGCUGUCGAAAAUUCAGAGUCUUCGGCGUUAUCCGACACUAUUUAUCCUAAAUUGCUUGAAGAAAUUCAGGCGAUUAAAGCGGACUUGCUUGAGCUCAGCGAAAAGUCUCUGGAGGCGAAUCCAGAGGCUCUUACUAAAGAUGAUCUUACAGGAGAGGAUGCAAUCCACGCUGAGCUAGAAGAGUUCCAAAACAACCUGCCUGACUCUGAGCAAAAAGAAGUCGAAAGGAUCGUCGAAGUCGAAAAGAUCAAAUACGUGAACCAAUACAUUUCCUCCAACGACACCUCCCCCCAGCGAUGGUGGAAAAAGCUCCCUCUUGAAGAGCAAAUCGGCGAAUUCGGCAAAGACUCUUGCGCGAAAAAAGAAACAGUUUACUUUUUAAAAACGUCGAAAACUGGCGGAACCACAUUUGCAAACAUUCUGAUGCGUUUCGGCUUUGCUCGAGAAGGACACAACUUUUUGAUGGGAGAGAGUAACAAUGGUGCUAUGGUACAAUCGAACAGCAGUAGAUCGAGUCAUGAAAAAGACGUCUUCAAAGUCAGUAUUCUCCGAGAUCCUUUAGCAAACUUCAUGUCUUCUUGGAAGUACUACAACGGUCUUACUAAAGAAAUGCGCGUCAAAAUCCGAGCUGACAUGAAAGAGGAAGAUAGGGGCGCAGAUGACAACAAAAACGCCAAUUUCUACGGCGAAAUGGACCAGUUCUUGACAAAGCCUUGGGAGUAUUUGGAAUCGUUCCACUACGCUCAUUCCGCUUACUUGUUCGUCGUCAAUCCGCAGUUCUUGUUCUUUGGCUACCCGUCUUACUUGCUCAGCAUGCCUUAUCAAAGAGGCUUCCAGCUGGUCGAUGCGUGGAUUCAUGAGAUUGAGCAAGAUUUCGAUCACAUGAUCAUUCUCGAAGAUCUAGACAGGUCCUUGGCGGUCCUUAUGUUGAAGUUAUGCUGGUCUGUUGAGGACGUUAUGCAUCUAAAACUAAACGGAAUGACGCCAGAUGGACGAUCCAUCAGUUUAGACUCCCAGAAACGAUUGAGAACUUUCAACUGGGCAGAUUAUCGCCUCUACGAUUAUUUCCAGAGAAAGCUCGAUCGAGAAGUGAGAAAAAUUGGCGAAGAAAAAGUAAAUGCCAUCGUUGACCGAAUUACUCACGCAGCUCAAGUAAUAAUGGAAGAAUGUUUGAAGCCAGACAUGUCGACUGGUUGGAUCACUUCGCCGAUUCUGAAGCCAGAGAAAGCCAGAAAUCAGACUUGCUACUUCAUGACUAAAGACAUCACUGGGUGGAUCGAAGCUGAUCAAAUUGAACGCUGGAAGCACGAGUACCCCGACUGGCGAAAGCCCGAAAAGGACCAGAAAAAGAGCGACAAAAUUAAGGGCAAAGAGCUGCCCAAUUUCUGCGGCCCUAAUGACAAUUUUGCGGAAUGGAUUUUGAAAAAAGACGUCGACUUCAGAGCGUUUUUGGACUGGAAAACAAACGAGCACGACUACCGAAACUACGUUCCAGCUUAUUUAGACAACUUUAAGCAGCCACUGAAUCCAAAAGUGGAUGGCUUGACCAACAGAAUAUUUAAUUAA